AGCUUAUGCCAAACGCGUUUUACAAACCUUUUCUUCUUCUUCUUCUUCUUCUACACCCGCAUAUAAAUUUGGUUGUUUGAUUUGCUUCGAUUCGGGCAAAAAAAAAGACGAGCGACACUGGUUUUGUAGCCGCCAUCCAUCAUCAACAUGGCCUCAGAGGCGAUAUUUGCAUUAUUACGCCGUAGGAGCUUGCCGUCACUGGAUGCAUUUUUGGCAACAAACAUUGAUCUCUCCGGCGUCUCUCUCGUUCGAACACUUGCUUCAGUUUCAGCAGAGCUCGUCUCGCGCUUCCGCGGCGUACGUUUCUCCUUCCAAGGCAGAAACUCACGUUCCCUAAUUCGGAAGAUUGAGAUAUUAGUCGUCUUGUUCGAAUACCUCGCCGAUGAUUCAGGUUCGGUUUCCCCGACAGCGGUGCUGUGUUAUAAGGAGCUUUAUCUCUUCCUCUACCGUUCCAAAUUACUUCUCCAAUACUGUGCUCAAUCCAGUAAGCUAUGGCUCUUACUGCAAAACCCUUCGCUUUCAGACUUUUUCCAUCAUUUGAAUCGAGAUAUUUCGACCCUUUUGGAUGUCUUCCCGUUCAACAGUCUCAAUCUGAGCGACGAUGUUAGAGAGCAAAUCAAGCUCUUGCAUCAGCAAUCCUGUAAACUGACAUUGUUCGAUGAUCACAACGAUCAACUGCUACGGCAAAGAUUCUAUUCGUUUCUCGACGCAUUUCAGAAGGGUCAGAUACCCAAUUCUGAAGAACUAAGAUCGUUCUUCGUUGAGAAAUUGGAGAUUAAGGAUCCGAAAAGUUGCGGAGACGAAAUCGAGUUUCUGGAAGAGCAGAUUUUGAAUCACGAUUGUGAUGAUUUGGAGCUUACAUUGCCUUUGAUUAACGGGUUUGUGGCUAUCACACGGUAUUGCAUGUUUUUGUUGUUUGGGUUUGAAGAUGGAUUGGGGUGGAGCAUUAACAACUCUAAGAAACAGAGGAAAUGUUUAGUUGCGCAAGAGAUUGUGGACACGUUUAUGUCUCUACCAAAGGAUUUUGUUUGCUCCAUCUCUCUUUGUCUGAUGAAGGAUCCUGUGAUUGUUUCCACUGGGCAAACUUAUGAUCGGAGCUCAAUCUUCAGGUGGUUUGAAGAAGGUCGCUCUACUUGUCCUAAAACAGGGCAAAAGCUUGUGGACUCUUCGUGUAUUGUUCCUAAUCAUGCUUUGAGAAACUUGAUAAUGCGUUGGUGCGCAGCAAUGGAGUUUGCAGAUUUAGCUAACGAGUCUCCUGCUUGGGUUCUUCAAACAAGAGCUUCAGUGGAAGCAACCAAAGCCACUGUAUCCAUUCUCAUUCAACAUCUAGCUGGUCGGUCAGAAUUAGCUCAGAUAGUGGCGGCACGAGAAAUCCGUCUUCUAGCCAAAACAGUUAGGGAAAGAGGUGAACUGAUCGCAGAAGCAGGUGCAAUCCCACAUUUGCGUAGGCUUCUUAAAUCCAGAAACGCUGUUGCACAAGAGCAUGCUGUUACGGCCAUGUUUAAUUUGUCUGUAUGCGAUGAAAACAAAAGCCUGAUCAUGGAGGAAAAUGAUUGCCUUGAGCCGAUUGUGAGCGUUCUCACCUCGGGUCUUACUUUGGAAGCUAGGGGAAACGCAGCAGCCACAUUGUACUGUCUUUCCACAGUACAUGGAUAUAAGAAACGGAUAGCAAACGCAGAUGGUUGCAUCGAAUCACUUGCAUUACUGUCGCAAAGUGGAAAGCCGAGAGGGAGAAAAGAUGCUAUCAACGCUUUAAGUGCCAUAUGGAGAGAUCCGGAUAAUUACAGCCAGAUGGUAAACUUGGGAGGAGUGUUCGCUCUCGUGGGAGCUUUGGCGGACGAAGACGAAGCUGUCAUGGAGAGGGCGGUAGUAGUGUUGGCUGGAGUAGCGAAUCAUUCUUUAGGAGCAGAGACUAUAGGGAGAGAGGAAUCAGCUGUGCCGAGGCUCAUUGAGUUGAUGAGAUGUGGAACACCAAGAGGCAAAGAAAAUGCGGUUGCUACAUUGUUACAUCUCUGCAUAAACGGUGGAGCAGCUGUGGUGGAGAAGGUGGUUAGAGCACCGGCUCUUACUGGUUUAACCCAAAAGCUUUUGCUCACGGGUAGAGAGCGAGCUAAGCGGAAAGCGACUUCACUCCUCGCUUUAAUUUUUAGGGAGUGCGAAAACACAGCAAUGAUGGGGUCUGGUAGUAGAGAAGGGAGUUUUAGAACCCAUGUCUCUCCACCCAUCUCUAUUCCCGUAUCUGUGUUGUGAUCUCAUUCUCAUAUACAGUAUAUAUAUAUAUAUAUAUAUAUAUAUGUACAUAAUAAGCCUUAGAUAAAUAAUGGUAAGGGGAAAGAAAUAAGAGUUCUGUUAA